UGCCUAGGCAACCCUUUCGCCCCUUAUUUCCACAACAAACAUUAUAGGCCCCUGGUUGAAUUCCACAGCAAGAUUUUUUUGGACAAGAAAAUGUUUCAAACGAAUUUUGGAAUCCACAACAUCAAGGAUGGAGAGUACACGCAGACAAUUUACACAAUGAUAAAGGAGCAACGUUAUCCCGAGGCAAUUCAGGUGCUAAACAGAAUAAUAAUAUCUCACCCAAAUUCCAGGGCAGCGCUGUCCCUGCUGGCCUACUGCCACUAUGCAACGCAGGACUUUGCCAGUUCGGCGCAUUACUACGACACCCUGACGCAAAUCUGCCCUGACGACGCGCAGUACAAGGUGCACCACGCGCAGGCCCUUUACCAGGCGUGCAUGUACGAAGACGCCCUCAGGGUCACUUCGCAGAUCGACAAACCAGAAUUGCAGGGGCAGGUGACGAAACUCAGGGCGGCGAUCAAAUACGGCGAAGAAGAUUUGGCCGGGGCAAAGGGUCUGGUUGAUAGCUGCCCUGCUGAUGAUCCAGACACGGAAAUUAACCUUGGAUGCUUGCUAUAUAAGGAAGGACGUUACGAGGAUGCCUUGCAAAAAUUCACACAGGCACUGCAAGUUAUUGGUUUUGAUCCGCACCUUUCGUACAACGCUGCUUUAUGUCAUUUUAAACUCAAAGAACACACAGCUGCGCAAAAGUAUAUUGCAAACAUUAUUGAAAGAGGAAUCAAGGACCACCCUGAAUUGAGCGUUGGAAUGGCCACAGAAGGGAUAGAAGUGCGAAGUGUGGGGAACACCCUGACCCUUCACGACACCGCCCUAGUCGAGGCAUUCAAUUUGAAAGCAGCCAUCGAAUAUCAGCUGAAAAAUUUCGAAGCUGCCCAAGAGGCGCUUACGGACAUGCCACCGCGUUCAGAGGAAGAGUUGGACGCGGUCACCCUGCACAACCAGGCCCUUAUGAACAUUGACACAAAAACGACGGAGGGCUUUGAGAAACUGCAGUUUUUGUUGCAGCAAAAUCCGUUCCCACCUGAGACGUUCGGCAACUUGCUGCUCUUGUACUGCAAGUAUGAGUACUUUGAUCUGGCCGCGGACGUGCUUGCGGAAAACGCUCACUUGACUUACAAAUAUCUAACGCCAUACUUAUUUGAUUUUCUGGACGCGCUGAUUAUGCAGCAAACAUCUCCUGAGGACGCGUACAACAAAUUCGACGAGCUCGCCUCAAAACAUACCGAGACUUUGCGAAAGCUAACCAAACAAGUGCAAGAGGCACGGCAAAGCCAAGACGACGAAAUGGUCAAAAAGGCGGUCACUGAUUAUGAGGAGGUGCUUGAAAGGUACGUCCCGGUUUUGAUGGCCCAGGCGAAAAUUUACUGGGACAUGGAAAACUACCAGCAAGUGGAGAAAAUAUUCAGGAAAUCCGUUGAGUUUUGCAACGACAAUGACACGUGGAAGUUGAAUGUGGCGCACGUUUUGUUCAUGCAAGAGAGCAAAUUUAAAGAGGCCACUGGGUUUUACGAACCCAUUGUAAAAAAGCAUUAUGACAAGAUUUUGAACGUCAGCGCGAUCGUACUUGCAAAUUUGUGCGUCUCCUACAUCAUGACCUCUCAAAAUGAGGAGGCUGAAGAAUUGAUGAGGAAGAUUGAGAAAGAAGAGGAACAGCUCGCGUACGAGGACCCAGACAAGAAGGUUUUCCACCUCUGCAUUGUUAAUCUCGUGAUUGGAACACUGUACUGCGCAAAAGGAAACUACGAGUUUGGUAUUUCGAGAAUUAUUCGCAGUUUGGAGCCGUUCCACAAAAAACUUGGCGUGGACACUUGGUUUUACGCAAAGCGAUGCUUUUUAUCUUUGAUCGAGAAUUUGGCAAAGCAGAUUAUUGUGGCCAAGGACUCGUUUCUUGAAGAGUGCAUCCAGUUUUUAGAGCAGUGCGAAGCGUACGGAGAAAAUGUGAAAACUAUUGCAGAUCAACCGAUGGAGGACGGGAGCAUAAACUGGGGACAGAAGACGGUUGCCUUUGAAGCGCGUCACUUAAAAGCUCUCAUUUUGAAACUGCAAAAUUAUUAACCCCUUUUCCAUUGAAUAAAUUUAAGAAAGAAUUAAACGGAAAUUUAAUUAGCUAAUUUUAAUUGCGCUUAAAGUAUGAUUUAGAGCAAAAGUCAAAGUUCAAUUAAAGCGCAGAGCGCAGAUGCAAUCUAAAAAUAAAAAAAU